AUUGUGGAAGAUGGAGUUGACCAAUGGGACUGGAGUCCAGGAAUUCAUUUUGCUGGGAUUUGGAAUGGAUCAGGAGAAACAAUUCCUGCUCUUUGCUUUCUUGAUUGUCCUUUAUGUGCUCACUUUGGUGGAAAAUAGCACCAUCAUCACUGUGGUCCAUAUAGAUGGUCAGUUGAGCCAACUCCCCAUGUACAUCUUGCUGAGCAAUUUUUCUUGGCUGGAGAUCUGCUAUGUGACCACCAGUAUUCCCCGCUUGCUUUUCGAUUUGGCAACCCAAAACCAUGUCAUCUCCUUCCAUGCCUGCUUCUUCCAAUUUUAUAUUUUCUUCUCACUUGGCAACACUGAAUUUUCCUUCCUCUCAGCCCUGGCCUUAGAUCGCUAUUUAGCCAUCUGCCAUCCCUUGCGUUAUCCCAAUAUUGUGUCCUCAAAUUUCUGCUAUAGAUUGAUAGCUGGAUGUUGGUUGGUUGGCUUUCUAGGAUUCCUUCUCCCAGUUGUUUUGAUCUCCAAACUGUCCUUUUGUGGAGACAACAGCAUUGACCACUUUGUCUGUGAUCCUGUGCCAAUUCUUUCCUUAGCUUGUGCUCCUCUUAGGAAGGCUCCACUAGUCAUGCAAAUUAGCAUGCAAAUUCUGUUUUUGGUCAAUGUCUUCUUUGUGAUAUUCUCCUACGGUAAUGUGAUCUACACUUUGAUGAAAUCCUUCAGCAAAAGUCGAUGUAGGAAGGGCUUCUCUACCAUCUCUAUGCAUCUCUUGGUGGUAGCACUGUUUUACAGUACUGUAGGAGCAAUGUAUGUAAUUCCACAUGGUGAAAGCCACCCAAACAUUAGGAAGGCAAUUACAGUCUUCUAUACUGCUGUCACACCAUUUGUCAAUCCCUUGAUUUACUGCCUGAGGAAUGACAAGGUGAAAGAGGCACUGGGCAAGUUGCUCAGAAGAAUGAUAAGAUUUCUGCUGAAAAAGAUCACAGUGGAAAUCCAGUAAACUCGACUGAAAAAAAAAUCCAAAUUCUUCUUAAUUCAUUUAGGAACAAGAAAGAGUCUGACUGGUCUGAAAGUAUAAAAGGUCUAAGACUCAUGAACUCUCUGACAUGUGAUACACAGAAGAAAAUGCAUAUUCUCCUGAUUGUCUCAUUGGUUCAAAAUAUGUGACUUUCCUAAUCGUGUCUGUGGAGAUUCUCAAUCAUCCAGGUCAUGAUUGUCUCAAAGGCGCUUUUUUUUCAAGAGGUAACUGGACCUUCUUUGUUUUUCCUUGAAGACAUUUCGCUUCUCAUCCAAGAAGCUUUUUCAGUUCUCUCCUAAUAGAUGGUGUUAUGGCUGGAUCAGAAACACCUUAAUCAAUUCUGGAUGGCAAUACUUAUCAUACCUUAAAUAACUUAAGUAUUUCACCAAGAUGACUGAACUCAAGAAAAAUAUAUAUAAUACAUAUAAAAUGUUUUAAAUUAGAGUUAAGGGAUUAGGUGACUAGAUUUAUU